CGACUCCUCACUUCCUAAGGAGGGCGGGUUGACAUAUUGGUUCCGCUCUUCCAGAUACUGAAAGUAAGCGAGCCCCAGAAAUCCUGUGUUCGUAUCGUUCUCGGACAGAGUUUUGUCUAACUAGUACUUUCAAACUCCCAGUCCUGUGCUUCAGUGAUGCUUAACCAUCGAGAUUCUUUCUUUCCUUUUUUUGGUUCUGAAUUUUCUUGAGCGUAAAUUUGGAGUCAAGGACUGUUUCCGAGAGGAACCUGGACAAAAAACGCUCACUUCCGGCGAAGGGGUGUUGGCGGGAGCUCUCAGAUCCAGGAUGAAGGAAGCGAAGGAGAUGCUCUUGGGAAAGACUCUGCCGCUCCCCCCCGAUCCGCGCCUGGGCCAGGACUCAGGAUGGAGCCCAUCUGGAGAAGGCUUUGCUCAGGGCCUCAAAGACUUGCCACCUGGCACAAGAGGUGCCAUACUUGCUCUCAGGAGCCUCCCCCAGGGCUUGGCCUUGGGCCCUUCCCGCGCCAGGAAACACCACUUAGGGAUCUGGUGUGUCGGAGAGCCUCUGCAGCUCGGACUGCAUUGGGGACCUCUGGAAGUGGACUCCGUCUUGGAAGAGAAGGGCGAGGGAGUGAAGCCGCCGCACGAGGAGGAACUGUCACUAGGCUGGUGGGGAGCCAUAUGUACUUGGAAACAAAGUUCAGCUUGGGUCAGUUUGGUGCAACAAGCUGGCCUACAGAGUGAUGGAAAUGUGUCCUUGGUCUGGAUCAGUGAGAAGUGUCACCUGCAGGUAUACCGGAUUGUGUUGCCAGGCUCUGAGUUGCUGCUGUGCCCACAGUCUCCCUCCAAGAACCUAAGUGUCUUGCACCCCAGGCUAGAGGAAGAAGCAGCUGUAGUGGCGGUGGCAGAAGAGGAAUCUGCUAGACACGAAGAAGUGGUCUUCCCCCGACAAGAUUCAGCAGAGUCUUGCACAGAUCCUGGUCAUGAGUCACUCCAUAGGAUCCAAGGAGAAAACAUGGUAGGUUCUGGACCUGUGGCCCCAAACCGAGAUCAGCCUCUCAAGGAUAACCAACCCCUUGGCCUGCUGCUUCCAGAAGACAGCAUGGAUAAAGAUCGCCUGCUACAGACACCACCUGAACCUCAGGGCAUCUUAGCUGCCCAGAAGAGCCCAGAGAGCAAGGACACCAGUUUAUUAACUCCCACAGGGACCCAGGUGCAAACCUUCCCAGCCGAGAAGUUCCACGUCCCCAGCAGUGAAUGCCUAUCCACAGUGCAAAUCUCAGAGCCCAGAACCCAGCUCCCUAGCUUCCUUGUACUGCAGUGCAGUCCUCCUGACCCGGUAGGAGACUCCUCAAAGCAGGGGCGACGAUACCGAUGUGGGAAGUGUGGGAAGGCGUUCCUGCAGCUGUGCCACCUCAAGAAACAUGCAUUUGUGCACACGGACCACAAGCCGUUCCUGUGCACCGAGUGUGGCAAGGGUUACAGCUCUGAGGAAAGCUUCAAAGCCCACAUGCUGGGCCAUCGAGGGGUGAGGCCCUUUGGUUGCUCACAGUGUGACAAGGCUUAUGGUACCCGCAGGGACCUCAGAGAGCAUCAGCUGGUUCAUUCAGGUGCCCGACCCUUUGUGUGUGAGCUGUGUGGCAAAGCCUUUGCUCGCCGACCUUCCCUACGGCUACACCAGAAGACCCACCAGAUGCCAGAUGCCCCUUCCCCGUGCCCAUGCCCAGUGUGUGGUCGGCUCCUGGCAACCCAGGGUUCACUGCGGAACCACAUGAGGCUCCACACUGGGGAAAAACCCUUCCUGUGCCCACACUGUGGGCGAGCAUUCCGCCAGCGGGCCAACCUCCGAGGACACUUGAGGCUGCACACAGGGGAGCGUCCUUAUCGAUGCCCACACUGUGCCAAUACUUUCCCCCAGCUUCCUGAGCUGCGACGCCAUCUCAUCUCCCACACUGGUGAGGCCUACCUGUGCCCAGUGUGUGGGAAGGCCCUCCGAGACCCACAUACACUGCGUGCUCACGAACGCCUCCACUCAGGGGAAAGGCCCUUUCAGUGCCCCCAAUGUGACCGAGCUUACACACUGGCCACCAAGCUCCGCCGUCACCUCAAGUCCCACACGACAGAUAAGCCCUACCAGUGCCCUAUCUGUGGCAUGGGCUAUGCCCUCCCUCAAAGCCUCAAGCGGCACCAGCUCAAUCAUCAGCAUGGGGUUUCCUCCAGCCCUUCUCUGCCUCCUGCAGCCUCUGAGUCCACCGUGGUGCUCCUGCAAAGUGAACCAGAGCUGCUGGACAUGUGCAGCCAACAGGAAGUGCCCCCAAGCGGGGGUAUUGUGGAGGUCAGCAUCUCUGAGAAGCAGCAAAAGUGCUCUGUAGUACCCGAGGAGCGCCUCGUGCUGACCCACAAAGAUGUGGGCUUUAGUGACUGGGCCGAGGUGGUGGAGGUGGAGGCAGGCACCUGACACCUUCCCCAUGUCUGCCCCCACCCCUACAAGAGCUCUCCAUAAAGACUGUUCUAGCA